AUGUAUGUGGAGCAGGCCCUGCCCCUCUUUGACACCGGGCAUGGGUCGGGCAGUGCCCUUUCUCUUACCUCGGUGCCUUUGCUCUCCAAACCCAAAGCACUACACGAGGCGCCUGUGGCCUUGCAGGAUGGUGCCGGCAUUCAUUCAGUGCCAGACUGGAGUGUUCCCCCUUCCGGAGCAGCAGACGUUUUCUCACGCCUGCGACCUAAGCUUAUGGCUUUCCUUCUGCAGAGUCGCUUUCCGCAGCGUUUGCGCACUUUGGUUUUGGCGGGAUCAGGUGAGGCCUUGUUCUCAAGUUCUGAAGUGCACAGCUUGCGUUGCAUUUUUCAAGAUUGGCUCACGACCCAGUCCCCCGGCACUGACAUCUCAUGGGAGGUGUCUCCUGGGCAGCCGUAUUGCCUUCAGGCGCUGCAUGUUGUUACGCGCAUUUGCCAAGACCGUGACGUUUCCCUUUUUCCUUGCCUGCAACAAGGUGUGCCCACCGGCUUUGACGGCGACAUUCCUUUGUCCAACGUCUUUUUGCCGCAAGGAGGAGGUCAUCCUUUUGAACAAUCCCUUGGCAUUUGUCACGGCAACUGGUCAAGCGCUGAAGCAGACCUUCCAACUUUGCAUGCCUUAGUGGAGGAAGAAGUCGCCAAUGGCUGGCUUUUGGAGCUGGACUCCCUGGAAGCAGCUCAGGAGCGUUUUGGCGAUAAGCUGGCCAUUGGAAAGAUGUCCAUAGUCAAAGCCGAAGGGAAGAAGCCUCGUCUCGUAGUUGAUUCCACUGUAUGUGGCACUAACCCUUCCUGCACCAUCCCCGAGACGUACACACUCCCAGGAGUUGAUGAUGUCAGGGAGUCGUUUCCUCUGCGACUUCAUUCCGGCAUGUGCGCAGGUUUUGCUUUUGACGUCAAAUCGGCCCACAAGACAGUCCGAGUUCAUGACUCAGAUCAGGGCCUCCUCGGAGUUUCCCUCCCAAAGAUUCAGGGUUCCGGCCGUCGCUGGCUUUUCUACCGCGUUUGCCCAUUCGGGGCGAACUUCUCGGCCCUGUGGUUUCAGCGCCUUGGGAGUACUGUCACGGGGUUGCUGCAAUGGUUUUGUAAGUUGUGCAAGCACUUCAAGCCCUGGUUGCAGACUUUGUACGCGGACGCCAACCGUCCGCUGGCCACCAAUUACAGCAUCGCUCCUGGCGAUUGGCCCGGCCUGGCCAUUUGCGUUAACGAAGGGCUUGUUUUCACUUCCACGCCACCAGGCACCAGCAUUCCUACAGGCUCCAAGCUCAUUGAGGCAAGGCGUUUGGCCCUGCAGUCUAAAAAAGACCUUAUCAAAGUCGAAACCUCGAAGCGCAUUUGGAUGAGGGUGACGGACCCAUCUACCACUCGCCGUAAGCUCUGUGCUUCAAGCCGGGAGAGCCUUGAGUUUUGGCUUACGUGGUGCGAGGUUCCUCCUCUUUUCUUUCCUUUGCAGAAACCUGCAGACGUUCCCAUUGUUUGCGCUGCCGCCGAUGCACGUGCAGAUGGGGAUCUCGUUGGGAUAGGUGGUUUUAUUGAGUGGCCCUCACAUCAAGUGUCGUGGUUCAGCCAGUCCUGGCGUGCUCGGUCUCAUUCUUUGCCUCCGCUCGGUGGUGUUAAUGAGCGUUACAGCUCGGCCUUUCCUUUGUCAGCAUUCCUGAAGCGGCUGUCAAUGCUGGCUUGCGUGACUGGCAUUGAGCUUGACGUUUUUCACAUACCUGGUGAAAAGAAUGACGAUGCAGACCUGCUCUCUCGUUGGAGUGAUGAGUCACUUCCUUUGCCUGCUAAGUUCCACCCAGACUUCCGAGUGGAUUGUAGUGGCCUGGCAUAG